GACACGCGAAAGGAACUGUGUCUAGGACUCAGUUCAUAUUUUAAAAAAAUAUUGAAAAAAAAAAAUAAUUUUUAAAAUGGUUGCUCUUAAUUUUAGCCAUGGAGUGAAUGUCACUGAGCAGGUGUUGAUGCCUGCGAGACGAUUAGCCUCCGACGUGCAAAUGCUCGGAUGGAAUGUUCCUCCUCACGAAUUGCCUCACAUUCCAACACAUUGGUUGGCUUAUCCUGAACCCGAAGCCUCCAUGAAUUACCUUUUGGGCCUUCUUUACAUCUUUUUCAUGAUUUUUUCGUUGAUCGGUAAUGGUUUGGUUAUCUGGGUUUUUACGACUGCAAAAAGCCUCCGAACUCCAAGCAACAUCUUCGUCGUAAAUUUAGCAUUUUGUGACUUUGUGAUGAUGCUAAAGACCCCAAUUUUCAUUUACAACUCUUUCACGCGUGGCUUCACUCUCGGCAACAUGGGAUGUCAAAUAUUCGGCGUCAUGGGUACUCUCAGUGGCAUCGGAGCUUCAACGACAAAUGCUUGUAUCGCCUAUGAUCGUUACAAUACCAUCGCUCGUCCCUUUGAUGGGCGUCUAACACAUACAAAGGCGAUUUUUAUGAUCUCCAUGGUUUGGCUUUACACAAUUCCGUGGGCUAUUUUACCCGUGAUGGAAUUUUGGGGACGUUUUGUGCCCGAAGGAUAUCUCACGUCGUGCACUUUUGACUACCUAACGACAACUUUUGACAACAAAAUGUUCGUCGGAGUCCUUUUCACCUUUAGUUACGUCAUUCCGAUGUCGCUGAUUAUCUACUAUUACAGCCAAAUUGUGAGUCACGUGGCGAAUCACGAGAAAGCUCUUCGAGAUCAAGCGAAAAAAAUGAAUGUCGAGAGUUUAAGAUCGGGUCAGCAGCAAGCUGGGUCUUCAGUUGAGAUCAGAAUUGCAAAAGCGGCGAUUACGGUUUGUUUUUUGUUUGUGGCUUCAUGGACUCCGUAUGCUGUCUUAGCCUUAAUUGGAGCUUUUGGUGAUCAAAGUCUCCUCACGCCGGGCGUUACGAUGAUCCCAGCUUGCACAUGCAAGUUCGUCGCAUGCCUCGAUCCAUACGUUUAUGCGAUCUCUCAUCCCAGAUACCGCAUUGAACUCCAAAAGAAACUCCCUUGGCUCGCAAUUACCGAGAAAGAUGUCGAAACUUCGAGUACCGCGACGGAAGCAACAACGCCCGCGCAAGUGACAGCAACUUAAUUUGUCGUUUUUUUUUUUUGGGAAAAUUGUCAGUCAAAAUGAUAAAUUAUCAUUAAAUAAUUUGAACACACGAAAUUACCGGCUUCCCCUUACUCUUUCUCUCUCUAUCUCUCUUUUUAAUUUUUUUUCCAGUCAGAUAAUCAUUAUUAUCAUUUUAUAUUAUUAUUAUAUAAAAAAAAAAAUAAAAUUCAUUUAAAUUAUAAAAAAAAUAUUGUGGUUGCAAAUAAUGUGAAUAAAUAAAUAAAUGGUGUUAAUAAAAUGAAAAAGUGAGUGUUGCUGUGUAUUUAUAGAAGUUUCAAAAGUAAAUAAA